AUGGAGGCAGAUGUUCAAGGAGCGGCUCAAGCCCAACGUGCGCUUAGGACUAAAGGAAAGGGUGUGAAGGUACUACCUCCAUUCAAUGUAGGUGAUGUUGUCAGAAAGUACAUAUCAGGUCAAGGGACGGAUAUAAAAAGGCGUGCUAAAAUGGGUUACUUUUCUGAAGAGAAGUAUGAGAUAACAGCCGUUGUUCCUAAUCCUCACCCUAACUACAUGAACUCUUAUAAAAUCAAAUCUGUCAAUACUAAUCACAUACUGCCAGGUCUAUAUCCGGCUUGGCAAUUGCGUCUAAUUCCUAAAGAGGAUGCCGCUGGGGAGGCUCCGCAAGUUGAACCUGAGAUUGAAGAUGAUGAAGAGGAAGUACCAGAAGUCAACUUGGGAGCCGAGAAGUGA